AUGGACUACAUCAGCCAAAUUCACCAGGUCCUAGAAAAUCCCAGCGCCCUGCCCUUCCUGACAUACCUGGACAUCCAGCGCGUGCACCAAGUGGCUCGAUUGUUUGUCGAUGUCCUGUCCCGCAAUUACGACAAGCUCAUUAGCGCCACCGUCCCCGUGCCCCCAUACGUCCCGGCUGGAACUCCAGAGCCGCCAGUUCUGGGCGAUGAGGACUUGUUCAACUGCCACGCACGUGCCAUCAGCUGCUUGUCCAAUGCUCGCGAUAUGCUCAAAUAUUGUGAUAGGAAGUGGGACGUGCAUGGACAUCUAGAGCAAUUCGAGGACGAGUCUGCGUCCAUAGAGAAAACUCUAAUGGAUGGCUCACUGGGCUAUCUGUCGAAUCAGGAGAUUUAUUCUCAAGACCCGUUGUCAGGGAUACAGCUGGCCGGUGAUGCAUACCCGGGAUACCACGUCGGGCUGUGA